UCCUCCGCGCGACUCUCCACGGUCCCCACUUCCGCUUCCAAAUCCCGGCAACUCUCACAUUUACACGCCCAACUCGCGCAGUUGACGGCGAAUAUGUCGGAUUUGGAGAAUUUGUUGAGGAUGACGGCCGUGCAGGCGGAGAGUAUGCGUGGUCUGGGGGGGUAUGCUGGGGGGAUGAAUAGGUUUAUGGCGGCGAGUAAGGUGUUGGGGGAGGAGACUGUUAGUGGGGGCAGUGGUGGUGCUGGU